AGGUAUAUUCCAGACAUUGUAAUUCCACUGAGUAGCAAAGCCAAGAGCCUUACCGUAAGCCCCUUUAGUUCCAGUAGAACUAAUGCUAUCAGGGUAAUUUGAGGAUCUAAAUACAAUUCCUAUUUUAUUACCAGUAUGGUCACACAUUUCACUGGGAACAUUAUUUCUGAAAUAUAAAGAUGGAGGAGUUUGACUUGAAGUAGUACGUGCCACAAAGUACCCCCUUGCGUGGCAGAUCAAUAACGACUCACAUGAAACCCUAAAUCCCAAGGAGCAAAGGUUCACUUCCACCUAAUCCCGAGUAUUGGGUGUCUAUUUUUGGUACAGAAUUAGUUCAGGUUGCUGUAGGCAUGGAAGGUGAUUUCAUGUCUCUCAGAAUCGGUUUUUAAAUGAUAUGGGGAAGAAGCAAGUGUGUCCACCCCGUGUUCUUCCACCAGUGCCAAGAGGAAAUCAAGAUGAAAUUCCACUCGGUCGCCAAAAACGGAAAAAGGCUAAGGGAAGAAACUCAUUAGAUGACAUUGUUCAAGCAGCUGUCCGCCGGACGUCUGAAAGCAGUGAGCCUCUGACGCCUGAGGACUGCCCACCACAGGAUGGCCCACCUCAGAGGAAGCGCAAGAAAAAGAGAGCGCCUCUAGAAUCGGAGACCUCUUUCACUGAGCAGAAUGGAAAUAGCAUGGAUCCUUUACCAGCAGAAGAAAACAGAAUUGAAGAAACAGCGACUCGUAAACAACGGAAAAGAGUGAAGAAGACACGUCCGUUAGAAACUGCCAAUGAACUGGGUGUGGAGGAAGAAGAUAUUAUUGAAGAUGAGCAAAUGAAAGGCUCAGAACAGCAUCCCGUGUUUUCUGUCCCAACUGGUGUUAGCCAACCUAUUAGCAAGGUGUUUGUUGAAAAAAAUCGUCGCUUUCAAGCUGCGGAUCGCAAAGAUUUGAUUAAAACUACUGAAAACAUUGAUGUGUUUAUGGAUAUAAAGGCUUCAUGGACUACAAAGGAUGUGGCACUCUCUGUUCACCGUGGCUUUAGGGUGAUUGGACUCUUUACUCAUGGCUUUCUUGCUGGUUAUGCGGUCUGGAAUAUCAUAGUGAUUUAUAUUCUGGCAGGAAACCAGUUAUCAACCAUCUCCAACUUGCUGCAGCAGUACAAGGAUUUGGCAUAUCCUGCUCAGUGUCUUUUUUACUUCCUGCUUACAAUCAGCACGGUCUCAGCUUUUGACAGGAUCGAUUUGGCUAAAGCAUCUGUAUCUGUACGUGGCUUUCUUACUUUGGACCCAGCAGCACUUGCAUCUUUCAUGUACUUUGCUGCUCUUAUAUUAUCUCUGAGCCAGCAAAUGACAAGUGACAAAAUCAACCUUUACACGCCUCCUUCAGAGAAUGGUAGCCUCUGGACCUCAGAUGCAGAGGAACACAUUCUUCAGCCCUGGAUUGUGGUUAAUCUUGUGAUAGCUCUUCUUGUUGGAUUUUCCUGGCUCUUCAUGUCCUACCGGCCCCAGCUAGAUCACAGUGAAGAGCUGAUGUUUAAUUCUGAAGUGGAAGAAUUUCCCCCGCCAGAAAGAGAAACCAAAGUAUCUUCAUAGUAUAGAGCAGUUCCUCAAAUAUGAUAUAGUCAUGUUGCCUUAGAAUUACCUAUUUUAUCUGUACUUAAUCCUUUUGUAUUUAAAUAUAUUUUUCAUUUGUUUAAAUUAUUUGUAUAUUGUAUUAGCUAUAUUUUUAAAAUGCCUACAGUUAAGGUCAUGCGGAGUAAAACAUUAUUUUUUAAGAAUCAGAAAUUACUUCCUAAAUGUCUAGUUCAAAUGUAAUGCCUAUUGUAUUUUGGGGGGGGGGGGGGAAUCAAACAAAUGGAACAGGAAAUUCAGAAGAAAAUGAGAGCAUCUGUAUUUUAUAUUUGUUAUUGUUCUGGGUACAUAUUUGUCUUCAAAAUAUCAGAGGAAUUUUAGUGCCAAUUUGUUCUUAAUUAUAUCAGGUCUUAAAAUACCAUUUUAAACCAUCAUCACAGGAACUUAAAGAGCUUUUAUUGAAGUAUUUAUAAAUAUUUCUAUAUAUUGGUGCAUUUUAGGCAUUGCUUACUAAUGGUACUGCUAUCUAUAACGCCAUACGUUUCAUGUUUUAUAUAACUUGAUUUUUAAACUUACUUGAACAAAAAUAUGCUUCUGUUUCAUCCCUUACCUUUGAAAUAAUACUGAUUUCAGCAAGAUGUUCAACUGUUUGAUAUGGUUUCAUGUGCUAGCUAAAGUUCAUAUUUGUCAAUUAGAAGUUUACCCUGUGAGGCAGUGUACUGACACAAAAUACUUCUUAAAGACUAAAGGCUGAUUGUAUCUGACAUUACAAAAGUAGUUGAAAACUUUGUAAAACUAAAAACAGAAAUUUGUAAGCCUCUUUUAUAAUGCCAUUUAAAUUGUCAAUAAUUUGAUAGUCACAUUGAUUGGAAAAGUGUUAUUAUAAUGCUACCUCUAUUCAACUGUGUAAUUAAAAUUUUAUUUUUCUUACCUUAUUAAUCAAAAUACAAUAAUUAUGCUACUAUGAGAAUGCAAGGAUUUUUUUAGGUUUUUAAAAGUUAUGUAUCUUCAUAAAUUUGUGCUGCACUCCCCUACUAAUGAGUGUAUUAACUAAAAAUACUUCAACAGAAUUCUUUUUUUUAAUUCUGAGAAUCUGCUGCAAGAUUCCUAACAGGUGAAAUCAUACAAGCAAAAGGAAGAGGCAGGGUGCGGUAUGUGGACUCCCAGGGCCACUCAUGUUUUUAUGUGUUUUAAAGUUGCUUUUGAUUUGCCAUAGGAUUUUCUUUGCAAAUAAGAGCGACAAUUACAUUUGCACAUCUUUGCAACUUGAUGGAAUAUGUACUCAUACAUUUUUAAAAGGACAUGGCUUCCAUAUCCACUUGUCAAUAUUAAGCAAUGGUACAUUCGAUAAGUAAGAGAUGUUUCAUUACAUGUGAGAUAUGGAACACCUCAUUUAAGAUGUAUAGGUUCACUAUACAGGCAGCCCGAGAUACAAACAUCCGAUUUACAAACGACCCCUAGUAAAGAACUGGGGCGAGACAACAGGAAGUGAGAGAAAGCUAUCUCUUGGAAGCAAAAUUCACUCCUAAAAGAUUUGUCAUGGGGAAAAUAUUAAUAAUACUUUAUUUAUAUUCCGCCCUUCUCCCUAUAGGGACUCAGAGUGGAUUGCAUUGUAAACAGAUACUGGCAAACAUUCAAUUACUUGUUGUGAUACAAAGAGACACACAAAGAAACAAAGGCAAAGGCUUCUCCUUUAAUUUCUGGCUUUGGAGGCGGUACUCAUCUCUGGCUCUGGAAGAAGUGCUGUUCUCCAUUUCCAAGCUGAGGGGCCUGCGUUAUGACUGCUUGGAGCAUCUUAUGCCUUUCCUGCCAAAGCAGUACCUAUAUAUCUAUUCACAUUUGCAUCUUUUCGAACUGCUAGGUUGGCAGGAAACUUCUAGGUUGGCAGAAAAGGGGUAGUUAAAAACUAGACAAAUUAUACUGUGCUGGAAUAAAUCUAUGCAUUUAUUUAA